GAACCCUAGAUUUGUCAGGUGGUGUUUCUAAAGUCCUGAGGGUAUAAAAGAGGAACAGGAAUGCUCCAUCAGUACAGACUAUAGACUGGAGACAUGCUGAAGUUGAUCCUGUUGAGUGCUCUCACAAUCCUGGUUCUGACUGAGGACCUGGUGCUCCAGCCCAGAUACCUGGAAGAUGUACCUCAGACCAGAGUUGUAGGUGGUGAGGUCGCCAAGCCCCACUCCUGGCCCUGGCAGGUCUCUAUCCAGGUUCUUUCUGACACACGCUGGACACAUGACUGCGGAGGAACUCUGAUCAGGGCGGGGUGGGUCAUGACAGCCGCCCACUGUGUGGACAGUAGUCAGACUCGGCGUGUGGUUCUUGGGGCACACAACCUGCUCACAGAGAAUGGUACGGAGCAGUUCAUGAGAAUCAAGGAUGUUUCCAAACACCCCCAGUGGAGGAAUGAUGUCUACAAAGGGUAUGACAUUGCCUUGAUUGAACUGUCCACCGAGGCUAAACUGAACUCUGCUGUCAAGCUGGCUUCUCUCCCUCCCCCUAAUAUGGUCCUGCCCAACAAACAUCCUUGUUACAUCACCGGAUGGGGACGCACUUCCUUUGGUGGUUCCCCGUCCAGCUACUUGAAGGAGGCUCUUCUGCCCAUAGUUGACUACAAUACCUGCUCUGAAAAAUGGGGUGCCAAAGUCAACCCCACCAUGGUCUGUGCCGGUCGAGGACGGAACUCUGGUUGCCAUGGUGACUCUGGCGGCCCCCUGAACUGUCAGGUGGGGGGAAGGUACUACAUCCAUGGGGUGACCAGCUUUGGGUCCAAAUGCAGCACCGUCGCCCAGCCGAGUGUUUUCACUCGUGUCUCAGCAUACAUUGGGUGGAUAAAUCAAAUCAUCAAUAGAAAAGGAGCAUGGUCUUAGAAACAGCCCUCAAAACACUGUUCCAAAUGUACUAAGAAUCCUGCUCAGGCAUUUCCACAGUCUACAGUCUAAAAGUUCAAUAAAAUAUAAACAUUUUGAGUAAAUCUUUUUUUUCAAAUCUACUGCUUACUGUUCCAGUCAAACCCUCACAGCUA